AGCCUCGGGUCGGUUUGCCACCGAGAAAAGGUGAGGCCCCUGAAGUGGCCCACACAGCCAUGCUGCAUUUAAGAGGAAGUUUGUGCUGUUUCCAAAGUCACCGCCAGGUGACAGCCCGAGGGAAAACAGCGUGAAAGCGAAACUAACAAAGCAGUAACAAAAAAACUAAAUAUAAAAAAAAAACAGCGUGAAAGCGAAACCAACAAAGCAGCCUGCUUCGUUGUCACACGCCAGUCCAGGUGAAAUGGCUGCGGCACGACGGGCCGAGUUUAUCACAGAUAUCACAAUCACGGUGGACGAACACAAUUACAAAGACCCGGGGAGAUUGGAGAGGAUUCUGGGCCCCUACUCCUGUAAGAAAUCGGGUUCCUGCUAUAAAGUGAGCGGCGGGUUUGAGGACCUGGAGCACCUUGUAAGCCUGCUGCAGGCCGAGAAGCGUUCCAGCCCCGCCGCUCGUGGCGUGACUCAGCCCAGUGAGCGCGUCACGCGUGUGACCGUGUCUGCCGCCGUGAUGGACUACAUCCAGCAAAAGUGCCCGGAGGAGCUUAAAAGAAUACAGGGUACGUACUUCCUCAUCGAGAGGCAGCCUGAUACAGGACGAGGUAAAGCCUCUGACUCGGUUCUGGUGACCCUGAGGCCCCGACGGGGAUCCUGGGAUCCGGUCGACGGGCCACGUCUGGAGUUCCUGAGACAGAGAUUCCUGUCUUUCUACCAGAGAACUGCGUCUGACACCCAGGUGGUGUCUCUGCCCUGUAGCCCGCGCCAUGAGAAGGAGCUGCCCGGGAGGUUCCCGCGUCUCCUUUUUGAGGCCGGCGGCCACAAAAAGGACGCAACGGUCACCGGACACUUUGCUGACGUGGCUCAACUGAAAGAGUUCCUUGCGCAGUGCUCGGGCGGGAAGUCUCCGAGCGGCAAGGCGUCCAGCAGUUCACCCAAACCAAGCCAGCCCGGGGAGGAGGAACCCUGUCCCAUCUGCAUGGAGCCCAUAGUGGGCCGGGAGAAGAAAACGCUGCGCUGCAAACACUCCUUCUGCUCCGACUGUCUGAAAAAAGCCUUCGAGUACAAGCCCGUCUGUCCCAUCUGUGGAGAGGUGUACGGCGUUUUGAGGGGGCUUCAGCCCGACGGAGGCUCGAUGGACGUCACAAAAAGCUCCUCCUCCUUACCUGGAUAUGAGAAAUAUGGAACCAUAACCAUCCACUACUACAUUCCCGAUGGCAUUCAGAAGGAGGAGCAUCCGAGCCCCGGCCAGCCGUUCGAAGGCGUGGCCCGGACGGCCUAUCUGCCCGACAGCUCGGAGGGCCGGCUGGUCCUCAAGCUGCUUCAGCAGGCCUUCAGCCAGAGACUGACCUUCACCAUAGGCCGCUCCACCACCAGCGGCAGGAACAACGUGAUCACCUGGAACGAUAUCCACCAUAAGACCUCCACACAUGGAGGACCGUCCCGCUACGGGUACCCGGAUCCCGAAUACCUGGGCCGAGUCCGGGAAGAGCUGAAAGUCAAAGGAAUUGAAUGAGCCAAUCCCGGUCGGCACACACGUUUAGGAAGAGAUUAUAUUUUUCUCACAGACGCUACAGUUGGAAGGAUUUGCUGAAACUGGAGUUUCAGGGCAGUCGGCACCAAACAAACUGAAGAAACGAAGGAACGAGCAGCUAAGCAGAGAGCCCCAGCACCACGUGCACGUAGUCGCCUCCCAGAGGUACACAUGUGCUGCCCCUAUGGUGGACUGUCCCUUCUGAGGGACACUAGCAGAGUGAGGCUCUGUUUCCCCUGCUUUCUCCUUUCCCCUUCACCUCUGGGACACAACCGAGGCAAGUUUGUACUCAACCAAUCAGAUGUGUUCAUGUGCUCAACACUUGGAGUGUUGAUUUUGAAUUGAGUUAGAUCAUAAACUGACAAGAAAGGUUGAAAAUUGGACUUUCACUGAUUUACUGCAAUGUUUGGAGGAGACUGGUGUGAAUACUUUAAAUCUAAUCAGAUGUGCUUCAGCUUUAUUUAAUAAACUGUAACACUGUACUAAAAGCUAAACCUGUUGUUUCCUUUCUUCCUUAAACUGACAACCUGAAUGUACCACUGAAAACGCAUCUGCUUCUUUUGGCGUAGAAUAAAUAAA